AUGAUACGUAGAUUUGUAAAAAGGAUUGAUGAUUAUGGCAAGAUUUUUACUAAAUUUUGUGGGCCUGCAUUUGUGGGGUUUGCAUCCACAUUAAUUACUGUCAUCGCCUAUACAUAUUUUGCAGUUAUUUUCCCAGCAACUACUAGUACAGAGGAUCUCUUUUAUUCAAUUAAUAUGUUAAUGGAUUUAUCAGUGUCAUUAUUCCUCACCUUUAAUAUUUAUUUCAAUUACUAUAAAGCUAUAUCGGUACCAGCUGGUUAUCCAACAUUCCCCUCUGUCAAUGUAGGUAUUAAAUGUUUAAUAGGUGAUGAAGCAGAUGAAAGUUUAAUAACAUCAAAUAUAAGAUGGAAUUUUUGUAAAAAAUGCUCAAAACCUAAACCACCAAGAACCCAUCAUUGCUCAGUAUGUAAUCGUUGUAUUUUAAAGAUGGACCAUCAUUGCCCAUGGAUCAGUGGCUGUGUUGGUUAUUACAAUUAUAGAUACUUUUAUUUAUUUUUAGCAUAUCUUUGGGUCUCAGUUAUAUAUGUUAUGAUCCAUGCAGCACCUCUAUUCUUUGGUUAUAGUCUGUAUACAACUAGAUAUUCCCAAUUGGAUAGAAUUUUAGUAAUUGUGUCAUCUAUUGGAUCGUUUGUUACAUUUAUAGCAAUAGGAUGUUUUGGUGGAUUUCACACAAUUAUGAUUGCAAAGAAUGAAACAUCAAUUGAAAAUUUAGAUAGAUCAAAGAACAAACCAAGUUAUCAUUUAGGUUCAAUAGUAGCAAAUUUUAAUGCAGUUUUGGGAGAGGGCGAUUAUUGGUUUUCAGGUUUAUUACCAACAAAUCAAUUACCAAAAGGAAAUGGUUGUUAUUUUAAAACAAAUUAUAUAGAUGAGCAAGAUGACGAAAAUAACAGUAAUAAUAACGAUAAUAAUAGAAGCCAUACUGACGAAGCCAGUAUUAACAAUAAUAUUAGUAAUAGCAACGACGAUUCAUUAAAACAUUAA